AUGGUAGGAUCUCUCCAGUAUUUAUCAUUUACUCGGCCUGGUAUUCAAUUUGCUGUUAAUCUUGCUUCUCAGUUUCUUCAUAAUCCUAGGGAGGUUCAUAUGCAAGCUGUCAAAAGAAUAUUUCGGUAUAUUGGAGGUACUGCUGAUUGGGGGUUGCAACUUACCAGAAAUACCUCUCUCUCUCUUAAAGUGUAUUCCGAUUCCGAUUGGGCUGGUUGCUUUGCGACACGUAGAUCAACUACUAGUUUUUGUAUUUUUCUUGGCGAUAAUCUUAUUUCUUGGUCAGCUAAGAAGCAACCUACAGUGGCUCGCUCUAGCACCGAGGCAGAAUAUCGAGCUCUUGCCGUUGCAGUUGCUGAAGUUACUUGGCUUCAGUAUCUCUUACGUGAUCUUAAUGUUCCUCUUUGCUCACCAGUAAUGGAUAAAUGUGAUAACGUUGGAGCUAUUCAUCUUGCGCACAACCCGAUUUUUCACUCUCGAUCUAAGCAUGUAGCACCGGAUUAUCAUUUUGUUCGUGAAAAGGUCAACCUAGGAGACUUGCUUGUUUCUCAUGUUUCCACUUCUCAUCAACUUGCUGACUUGUUUACCAAAGUUCUGCCAUCUGCUAGGUUCCACGAGCUCCUAACCAAGCUUUGUGUUCGUUCCUCCCCUUCAGCUUGA